UUAUUAAUUAUUUGGGAAGGUUAGUAAAUUUACCACAAAAUUCCAGAAACUGCUUAAAUUUCGUCAUCUUAACUAAAAGCGCACGCCUCGGGUAAAAUUGUGGUUUUAGUAGUCCUCGGUGCUGACGAAGUUGGACGCGGACGAGAAAACGAGGAGACCAUUGUUCUCAGUAAUGGAAGCAGCUGAAAACCUCCAAGAAUUAAAGCUAUUCAUUGAACAAUGUAAAGCCAACCCUUCAAUUUUACACAACCCUUCUCUUGCCUUCUUCAAAAAUUAUCUCCAGAGCCUUGGUGCCCGUGUUUCGCCUCCCGCUAAAUCAGAGACAGAUCGGGAGGACAUUUUAGAUUCUGGAGAGCAUUGUGAUUCCAAGAAACAUUCAUCAAGUGCAGAAAAUUCAGAUGAAGACAUUGUUGAGUCUGAUCUUGAAUUGGAUGAUGCUGAUGUUGUGCAGCCUGAUAACGAUCCUUCGCAGAAGAUGGGAGAUCCCUCAAUCGAAGUAACUGAGGAAAGUCGAGAUGCGGCCCAAGAAUACAAGUCAAAUGCUAUAGAUGCAAUUGCUAAGGGUAAGCUGAAUGAAGCCAUAGAUCACCUAACUGAAGCUAUUUUGCUGAAUCCAAUUUCAGCAAUAUUAUAUGCUACUAGAGCUAGUGUUUUUGCUAAGCUGAAGAAGCCAAAUGCUGCAAUCCAUGAUGCUAAUGCAGCGUUACAGAUCAACCCUGAUUCAGCCAAAGGUUAUAAAGAACGAGGAAUAGCAAGGGCUAUGUUGGGUUUAUGGGAGGAGGCUGCAAGUGAUCUGCGAAUGGCAUCAAAGUUAGACUAUGAUGAGGAGAUUAAUAUUGAGCUUAAAAAGGUUGAACCUAACGCCCAAAAAAUUGAAGAGCAUCGUCGAAAGUACGACCGCUUGAGAAAAGAAAGGGAAUUGAGAAAAAUGCAGCGUCAGAGACGAUGGCGGCGAGCUGAAGCCCAGCCUUCCAAUGAGAAGGGCAAGAAGGUGGAAGAGCCUUCUGAAGCUGAAACCUUGUCUUCCAAUGAGAAGGGCAAGAAGGUGGAACAGCCUCCUGAAACUAAAACCUUGGAUCCUGAAGCUGCUUCUGUCCUGAAAGAUGGACAAGUUAUUGGGAUCCAUUCUCCGAAGGAAUUGGAGAGUAUGUUGAAUGCUGCUGCAAGGACAUCCCGGCUGGCAAUUCUGUAUUUCACAGCAACAUGGUGUGGCCCCUGUCGUUACAUUGCUCCUAUUUAUGCUAGUUGGGCUUCGCAGCAUCCAAAAGUAGUGUUUCUGAAAGCUGACAUUGAUGAGGCUGUGGAUGUUGCUAUAAGCUGGAAAAUUAGCAGUGUUCCGACAUUUUACUUUAUAAAAGAUGGAAAGCAGGUUGACGUGGUUGUUGGUGGUGACAAAAGCUCACUUGAAAGGAAGAUUGUUCAGUAUGCUGGUUGAGAACCAGGGAUGUACAAGUUGCCCUUUUUGUCUCUCUUGCUCUGACUAGUUGAGACUUGGCUGACAUGAUGCAACCAAGCUUUUAAAGUGGUCAUGCUACAGAUCAUUUGGGCAUAGGAUUACAUAUUGACUGAUACUUUUUGAGGUUUACCUCAUAAUCUACCAGACUAUGGUAGGAGCUAAGAGUGUGUAAAAUAUAUUUGCUGGUUCCAGUAAAGAUUUAUUAUACAUUAGGCAACUGUUGAAAGUUGGUGCAUUUUCUUUGUC